GAAACCACUCCCUCAUGGUCUAGAGAAAAAACUCCAUUUCUGCAUCUUGCUCUGCUUUUACAGUUGCACAUGUGCCAAACAUGGAGCAUCUAUCCUUCCUUUUGCACUUCCUCCUCUCUCUGGCUUUAAAUCAUGCAUCCUUCGCCACUGCCAACAAUGAUCAAUUUGUCUACUCUGGCUUCUCUAGCAAUGACCUCACCCUCGAUGGUGCAGCCACGGUUACACCAGAUGGUGUUCUUCAACUGACCAAUGGCACGGUUCACCUCAAGGGCCACGCCUUCUACCCAACUCCAUGGCAAUUCCGCAAGUCACCGAAUGAGGUAGUUCAUUCCUUCUCAAUCACCUUUGUGUUCGGCAUGGUCCCUGUCUACUCCGAUCAAUGUACCGAUGGCAUGACUUUCCUGAUCUCUCCGAGCAAGGAUUUCUCAGGUGCACAAACCUCACAAUACUUGGGCCUCCUCAAUAAAACAGCCGAUGGAAAAUUAAGCAACCACAUAUUUGCAGUUGAGCUUGAUAGUAGUCAAAAUACAGAGUUCAAGGACAUCAAUGACAACCACGUCGGCAUCAACAUCAAUAGUCUCACCUCAGUUAAAGCCCAGCCAGCUGGCUUCUAUGAUGACAAGAAUGGUGUCUUUAAUAACUUAUUCCUCGUCAGCCGCAAGGAAAUGCAAGUAUGGGUGGACUAUGAUGCAGAGAACACACGGAUCAGUGUGACCAUGGCCCCCCUCAAGGUAGCUAAACCGUUGAGGCCACUAGUCUCAGAUAUCUACAACCUCUCAACGGUGCUACAAGAUCCAUCCUACAUCGGCUUCUCUGCUUCAACUGGUCCAAUCGACUCACUCUAUUGUGUGCUUGGCUGGAGCUUGGGUAUAAAUCGCCCUGCUCCAGCCAUUGACAUCAGCAAGUUGCCAAGGUUACCUCGCAUUGGCACAAAACGUCAGUCGAAAGUGCUGGAGAUCGUCUUACCAAUAGCCAGCGGGACAUUCAUCUUUCUUGUAGGGACAGCUAUAAUUCUACUGGUGCGGAGGCGAAUGAAGUUUGCAGAGCUUCAUGAAGAUUGGGAGGAUGAUUAUGGGCCACACCGCUUCUCAUACAAGGAUUUGUAUGAUGCUACAGAAGGAUUUCAUUAUAAGAAUGUGCUUGGCCAUGGGGGAUUUGGGAAGGUGUACAAAGGCGUGCUUCCAGUCUCCAAAUUGGAGGUUGCCGUGAAGAGGGUGUCACAUGAGUCCAAGCAAGGAAUAAAAGAGUUUAUUGCUGAGAUUGUUAGUAUCGGUCGUCUCCGCCAUCGAAACAUCGUCCAGUUACUUGGUUAUUGUAGGAGAAGAGGUGAACUCCUAUUAGUAUAUGACUAUAUGUCAAAUGGCAGUCUUGACAAGUAUUUAUAUAGUGAUGAGGGUAAAGAUACUCUAGAAUGGUUUCAGAGGUUUGAAAUCAUCAAGGGUGUUGCAUCUGGCUUAUUCUAUCUCCAUGAGAGAUGGGAGAAAGUUGUAAUCCACCGAGACAUCAAAGCAAGCAAUGUGCUCCUUGACAAUGAAAUGAAUGGUCGGCUAGGUGACUUUGGCCUUGCAAGGUUGUAUGACCAUGGCACGGACCCACAAACAACACGGGUUGUUGGCACAAUGGGAUAUUUUGCUCCAGAACUGGCGCGCACUGGUAAGGCGACACCUCUAACUGAUGUGUAUGCAUUUGGCAUUUUCAUUGUUGAAGUAACGUGUGGACGAAGGCCUAUCGACAAUCUGGUGGAGGAUAGUUCAGAGAUACUAAUCGACUGGGUUGUCGAGCAUUGGCACAGAGGAUCACUCAUAGACACACUGGACAGGAGGAUACAAGGCAAUUAUGACGCUGAUGAGGUAUGUCUGGUGUUAAAGCUAGGGUUGCUGUGCGCACAUCCAUUUAGCAAUGCAAGGCCCAGUAUGCGGCAAGUUAUGCAAUACCUGGACGGUGAGAGACCACUCCCAGAGUUGAUGCCAACAAACUUAAGCUAUAGCAUGUUGGCCGCAAUGCAUAACGAAGGUUUCAGUCAGUACACAUCAUUGGCUUUCACAGGUGGAAGCAAUGCAAUGACGUCCAGCUUCUCAAGUGGAAGAUGA